AUGGAUGGGCUCCAGCAGAACAGCAUGCCGAGUUCCGACCAUGGCAGCUUCAUUACCUCGAUCAUGAGCUCCGCCAAGGGCGUGGCCGUUUUCCUCUUGCAGCGCUGGUUCAUCCUCGCGGCCGUGCAGGGCACACAAGAUUUGCCCAGCCACAGACGCAACCCGCGCCAAAGCCAAAGCCAACUUCUCGUGGAUGGCCAUGCAAAGCACGACGAGCUCUUCCGGACGCUUGGAGAUCGAUCGUCAUGUCGAGACGGUGAUCCCGCAUCCGCAGAGAGCUUCUUAUCAUUGUUGAUGCAGAGCUCCAAUGGGAAAGCCAAGACGGUAGCAUGCACCAUGUUGAUUGAUGCUUACGGCAAGUUCGGAGAUGUCAAAGGUGCCGAGAAGUUCCUUGCAGGUUUUGAGAACAUGUUUUUUCGUAGCAAGACAGCUUUGGUCAACUCCAGGUUCAUGUACUUGAUGCAGGCUGGCAAGGUCGAACCGUCAGUCGUGAGCUUUGGCGCGAUGAUGGAUGCCUGUGCUAAGGCAGGGCAGCCACUUAAGGCAAUUGAGUGGCACCGCGCAAUGCUCAAGAAGGGAUUCUCCCCAAACGUUCGGACCUUCACGGCCAUGGUCAAUGCGUAUGCAAAGGCUGGAGAUGUCAAUGGCGCCCUCGGCGCCAUGCAGGACAUGGAGAGUUGCGGAGUGAGAGCCGACACUGUGAGCUACAGCAGUUUACUAGACGCAUGUGCCAGGCAGGGCAAUACGGUAUGUGCCAAGAAAGUGUUUGCCCUUAUGCAGCAGCGGAACAUCCGGCCGAACAUCGUGACGUACACGUCUUUGGCUCAAGCAUUCGCCAAGAGGGGCAUGUGGUAUGAAGUGGAGGUCUUGGGUGAUAGCUUGGAGCAGGAAGGGCUCCACGUGAACGACUUCUUCUUAUACACGCUUUUGAUCGCAUACGCGAAGGCAACUCCCAAGCAAACAUCGAAGGCUGAGGAAGCCUUUCUAAGGCUUGUCAAGACAGGGCGGGUGGAGCUCAACAGUCACAUUAUGAGUGGACUCCGUCGUGCCGUCGGCCGCAGCCGUUGUGAUUAUCUCGUGCGGCAGGCAGAGAUGCGCCACCGCGCAUAUGAAUUUGAAAGUAGCUGGAAUGCUAGUUAG